AUUAGGGCCUCGGCGGAGCCCGCUGCCCGGGCGAGCGCGCUGGGCGGGGUGUGCGGCGGGAGGCUCGGCGGGCAGGCGCGGGCCCGGAGGCAGCGGCUGCGCCCUGCGCCGGGGCGGAGCCGGGGGCGGGCGGGCGGCCGGCAGGCGGGGGCUGGGGCCCGAGGCCGGGAGUGCCUGAGCGCCGGCGGCGACGACGGCUCCGGGCGGCCCGGCGAGGCUCGGUGCGUGGGUCCGCGGCGGCUCGGGGUCCGCCCGCGCGGGCUGCGGUGCGAGCGGGCGGCCCGGCUUCCCUUCUCCCCCGCCCGCCGCCGCCGCCGCCGCUGUGAUUGGGUGGAAGAUGGCGCUGGGCGGAUGGAAAUCCUAAUGACAGUCUCCAAAUUCGCCUCCAUCUGUACCAUGGGCGCCAAUGCCUCGGCAUUAGAGAAAGAGAUUGGCCCAGAACAGUUUCCCGUCAACGAGCACUAUUUUGGAUUAGUCAAUUUUGGGAAUACCUGCUACUGCAAUUCAGUUCUUCAAGCACUUUAUUUCUGUCGUCCGUUCCGGGAGAAGGUCCUAGCCUACAAGAGUCAGCCUCGGAAGAAGGAGAGCCUGCUCACGUGCUUAGCAGACCUCUUCCACAGCAUCGCGACCCAGAAGAAGAAGGUUGGAGUCAUCCCUCCCAAGAAGUUCAUAACAAGAUUACGAAAGGAAAAUGAGCUUUUUGACAACUACAUGCAACAAGAUGCCCAUGAAUUCUUAAAUUACCUGCUAAAUACAAUUGCUGACAUUUUACAAGAAGAGAGAAAGCAGGAAAAACAAAAUGGUCGCUUACCUAAUGGUAAUAUUGACAGUGAAAAUAACAACAGCACACCAGACCCGACGUGGGUUCAUGAGAUUUUUCAGGGAACAUUAACUAACGAAACCAGAUGUCUUACUUGUGAAACUAUAAGCAGCAAAGAUGAAGAUUUUUUAGAUCUUUCUGUUGACGUGGAACAAAACACAUCAAUUACUCACUGCCUAAGGGGUUUUAGCAACACGGAAACCCUAUGCAGUGAAUAUAAAUAUUACUGUGAAGAGUGUCGCAGCAAGCAGGAAGCACACAAACGGAUGAAAGUUAAAAAACUGCCCAUGAUUUUAGCCCUACACCUAAAGAGAUUUAAGUAUAUGGAUCAACUUCAUCGAUACACCAAACUUUCUUAUCGGGUAGUUUUUCCUUUAGAACUUCGUCUGUUCAACACGUCGGGCGAUGCAACCAAUCCUGACAGGAUGUACGACCUUGUCGCUGUUGUGGUUCACUGUGGCAGUGGUCCCAAUCGAGGCCAUUAUAUUGCAAUAGUCAAGAGUCAUGAUUUCUGGUUGUUGUUCGAUGACGACAUUGUAGAAAAAAUAGAUGCACAAGCUAUUGAAGAAUUCUACGGGUUGACAUCAGAUAUUUCCAAGAACUCUGAGUCUGGUUACAUCCUUUUCUACCAGUCCCGGGACUGAGGGAAGCCGUGACGAAGAGACACUUCUGCCUCAUUUCUUCUCUGGUUGUGUCGGAAAGGAUCAAGCACUGAUUUUUCAAGAAAAGAGAAAUGCAGGAAGCUCAGGGGGCAGUAGCACACUUUGCACACGAAUAAAGCAAAGACUGGAUUCACAA